AUGACCAAACUUUACUCUUACAAGGAAAUCGCAGAACACAACUCAGAGAGCGAUCUGUGGAUGAUCAUUCAUGGCAAAGUGUACGACUGCACAAAGUUCAUGGAGGAGCAUCCAGGUGGUGAAGAAGUUUUGCUGGAUCUCGGUGGCCAGGAUGCUACAGGUCCAUUUGCCGAUAUUGGCCACUCUGACGAUGCCGUGAAGAUGUUGGAAGAUCUUUACGUCGGAGACGUCGACAAGGACAGUGAACCAAUAGUGAGAGUCGCUGCUGAACCGGCAUCUACCACCACUGGUGGAGAGGGCAACGGUGUGCUCAUUUUGGCGCUUGUCGCCGUUGCUGCUGCUAUCGUGUUCUACUUCUUGAACCAGAAAUAG